AGUAUCCGAUUAGCUUGAACGGUAACCUGCACUGGGUUGGCCAGAACAUGGAUCAUCAAGAAGUUGUAUUAUCCAUGGAUACCUAUGCUACUAGCAUAGAUUCUGUUCGAUGCCGUGUUACGCCUUUCCCUGACUUGGAGAAAACUACCAAAUUCACAAGAGCUUGCACAACUUGUCAAGGGUUUCUCAUGUACAUGAACAUAGUGGAUGGAAGCAAGUUAUGUUCGUGGAGGCUACAGAGCGAGGGAUGGCAACUAAUAUCUGAAAUCUCCCCAGGUUCUAUCUUGACCCGUUUCGACUAUGUUCCGAUGACGAUAAACCCCUUUGAUGCGAAAACAGCCUAUUUUUGGAGCACGGAACGAGAAAGCUUGCUAUCUAUUAACUUACAUAACGGUAAGUUUGUGAUCCACCGUCAGUGUGAAGGUAGAGACGAGUCAAGCGACGGUCCCAUUAUGAUUCCCGUUAACGACUCGAAAGCUAUGAUAUCCCUCAAGAGCAGGAUAGAAAGUACAUACAUCAUCAUCAAACGAAAACGGUUUGUCCCGUUCGUUCUCCCACAAUGGCUUCAUCGGAUCCCAAACACGGUAAGUGUUACAGAGCCAACAACAACUGCAACACUACAUGGAUGAGUAGUGACAGCAAUCCGGAACUGAUGGAGCACUAGAACGUACGUCUUUUUUUAUAUAUGUAA